AUGUCGCUCGACUUGUCUACAUUCCCGCCCAACAGCCGCUACGGGAACUUUAACAACGCUUACACUGGUCACAUGUGCUACUGUCCCAUGCAUCUUGACCUCUCGGCACCCAAAAGCUCGGUGGGCGAAUGGGUCGGGUCGGGGAAACACCUCGACCCUGGGAGCGCGGUCCAGCUCGUGACGUUUGAUGACGGGAAUUCUACUUUUCUUUGUGGAGGGUGCGGCGUGUCUGCCGUUAGGUGUUCCAAGGGAGAUCCCGACGAGAACGAGAUGGUCGUAGGAACAGUCACGCGCAAGACCAUGGAGACUGCCCGUAUCUAUGAAGACUACAGGAACACCUUUGAGAAAGCCGUUUCCGUAGUACCAGGAUACAUAAGUCCAGAGGGGGAGAUCCUUUCGUUCUGGGUGGAAGCGACCCCGUUCAAGAUUGACAGAGACACCAUGACUGAUCCAGACACGGUAUCGAGGACAUUUUCCGAGUUUGCACAACUCCAGACUGUGGAUAAGUCCAAUCAAUCUCUAGCUGAGGAAUGGUGGUAUCAGGAUUGGGAAAAGGAUUCCCAAGCACAAGAGUUGACGAGAUAG